AUGAACACUCUCCAAGUGAUAUAUCACGUCAAAGGGAGAAAUCUUUCUCCAUCGGAAGGACUCACAAACUCAGUCCUCAUCAUCGUCGACACAAGAUCUGUUGAGAUCAUCGAAAAUCCAACCACCCGUCAACGAACCUUAACCGGCCGGUCCACUCCGACUACACGAUCUUUUCCCAUCAUCUUCUGUUUCCGUAGUGUGAGUCACGACCACAUCCACUCGCUUCUACACAAUCAACUCAGUACUAGUCACCGUUGGUUAUGCGUAGACUUAGCCUCAGAGAUCUCAACGGCUGCAACCAUGUUGGGAUUUGGUCGUAACGGAAUUCACUUGACCAUCGUUGUCAAAAUUACUUACGAGACCGUAGUGGUUAUGUCUAACGAUGAGGGAUUGUCGAAGAGAGCUGCUUUGUUGAGGAUGGUUCUACUAGGGAAGAUAGGUAGAGAGGAAUUGAAGAGUUUGAAGAUGGAAACAGAACCGUGUUCGAUUUGUCUCGAGAAUCUCUCUGGUUCGAAACCUGGUAGUUGCGCAACACGCAUGACUUGUUCUCAUGUCUUCCACGAUCUUUGUCUUUUGGAGUGGCUUAAACGCAAAAACACUUGCCCUCUGUGUCGGACUGUGCUCUACGAUCCAUGA